AUGGCAACUCUUGAGGAAAGCUCUGAUGUGGAGGUUCUACAGAAACAUCUGUUUGAAGACUUGAUAAUCCCUGAUGGUUUCAUGCAAGAUUUUGAAUUCGAUGAUGCUGCUUUUGUCGCAGGACUCUGGUCUCUAGAAUCUUUUAACCCAGUUCCUAAACUGGAACCAGAUUCACCUGUUCUUGAUCCAGAUUCCUAUGUCCAAGAGUUGCUGCAAACGGAAGCAGAAUCGUCAACAUCAUCAUCAACAACAACAACAACAACAACAUCACCUGAGGUUGAGACUGUCUCAAACCGGAAAAGACCACAGAUGUUCGAAGAAACAAGACACUACAGAGGCGUGAGAAGGAGGCCAUGGGGGAAAUUUGCAGCAGAGAUUCGAGAUCCAGCGAAGAAAGGAUCUAGGAUUUGGUUAGGCACUUUCGAGAGUGAUCUUGAUGCUGCAAGAGCUUAUGACUAUGCAGCUUUUAAGCUCAGGGGAAGAAAAGCUGUGCUCAACUUUCCUUUGGAUGCCGGAAAGUAUGAUGCUCCGGUCAAUUCAUGCCGGAAGAGGAGAAGAAGCGAUGUACUGGAGCCUCAAGGAACAACUACGAGUAAUUCAUCGUCAUCAUCAGACUAA